CGGCGUCCGCGGCCCGCGCGGCGGCAACCAUGAACUUCUCCGAGGUGUUCAAGCUCUCCCACCUGCUGUGCAGGUUCUCCCCGAACGGCAAGUACCUGGCUUCCUGUGUCCAGUACCGGUUAGUGGUCCGGGAUGUGAGCACGCUUCAGAUCCUGCAGCUGUAUACCUGCGUGGACCAGGUCCAGCACAUAGAGUGGUCGGCAGACUCCCUCUUCAUCCUGUGCGCCAUGUACAAGCGCGGGGUUGUCCAGGUGUGGUCUCUGGAGCAGCCGGAAUGGCACUGCAAAAUUGAUGAGGGCUCUGCUGGACUGGUGGCUUCCUGUUGGAGCCCAGAUGGGCGCCACAUUCUCAAUACAACCGAAUUCCACCUGCGGAUAACUGUCUGGUCUCUGUGCACCAAGUCCGUGUCGUACAUCAAGUAUCCCAAAGCGUGUCCGCAGGGCGUGAGUUUCACCAGGGACGGCCGCUACCUGGCGCUGGCCGAGCGGCGAGACUGCAGGGACUACGUGAGCAUCUUCGUGUGCAGCGACUGGCAGCUCCUGCGGCACUUCGACACCGACACCCAGGACCUGGCGGGGAUCGAGUGGGCCCCGAAUGGCUGUGUGCUGGCGGUGUGGGACUCCUGCCUGGAGUACAAGAUCCUGUUGUACUCCCUGGACGGCCGCCUGCUGUCUUCCUACUGCGCCUACGAGUGGUCCCUGGGCAUCAAGUCUGUGGCCUGGAGCCCCAGCAGUCAGUUCCUGGCGGUGGGCAGCUACGAUGGAAAGGUGCGUCUCCUCAAUCACGUCACAUGGAGGAUGAUCACCGAGUUUGCGCAUCCUGCUGUCAUCAGUGACCCCAAGACAGUUGUGUAUAAGGAAGCCAAGAAGAGCGUGCAGCCGGGGCUGGGCUGCGUGGCCUUCCCGCCGCUCCUCCCCGUGGCCAGUCACCUCGCGGCCACCGAGAGCAAGUAUGAGAUCGCUUCCGUGCCGGUGGCCUUGCAGACCCUUAAGCCCGUGGCCGACAGAGCGAACCCCAGGAUGGGCAUAGGGAUGCUGGCUUUCAGCCCUGACAGCUACUUCCUGGCGACGAGGAACGACAGCAUUCCCCACGCCGUGUGGGUGUGGGACGUCCGGAGGCUGCGGCUGUUCGUGGUGCUGGAGCAGCUGGCCCCCGUGCGCGCCUUCCAGUGGGACCCUCAGCAGCCGCGGCUGGCCAUCUGCACCGGGGGCACCAAGGUCUACCUGUGGUCCCCCGCGGGCUGCGUGUCGGUGCAGGUGCCCGGGGAAGGCGACUUCCCAGUGCUCGCUCUGUGCUGGCACUUCAGCGGGGACUCCUUGGCCCUCCUCAGCAGGGACCACUUCUGCCUGUGUUUCCUGGAGACCAGGGAGGCGGUCAGCCCAGCCUUAGGACAAAGGGACGGCCAUGCCUAGGGCCCGGGCAGAGCUCCGGCCGGCCUCGCGUGAAGAGCAGGCCGUGGGGAGCACUCCUGCCGGAGUCCAGGUCGGCGAUGCGAUUCUAUUUUUCUGUAACAAGAUUUCUGUAAAUAUGUAUAGUAUACUGCUAUAAUUUUCAUUAUUUAAAAUAAACAUUUGCCACUUCA